AUGGCUCCAAAAAAGGGAAAGGGAGAGGAUGCAGGAAAGACGCCACUGAUUGGAAGGUUUGGCACCUCAUUGAAAAUAGGAGUCGUCGGCCUGCCCAAUGUCGGGAAGUCAACCUUUUUCAACGUGUUGACAAAGAGUCAGGCUGCGGCUGAAAAUUUCCCCUUCUGCACCAUUGACCCAAAUGAAAGCAGAGUGCCCAUUCCAGAUGAACGCUAUGAUUUCCUCUGCCAAUUCCACAAACCUCCCAGCAAAAUCCCAGCAUUCCUUAAUGUUGUUGACAUUGCUGGCCUGGUGAAAGGUGCUCAUGCUGGCCAAGGCCUGGGAAAUGCCUUCCUGUCACAUAUCAGUGCCUGUGACAGCAUCUUCCACAUGACACGUGCUUUUGAGGAUGAGGAUAUCAUCCAUGUUGAGGGGACAGUGGACCCAGUGAGGGAUAUGGAGAUCAUUCACGAGGAGCUGAGGCUGAAGGAUGAGGAGAUGAUCGGCCCUAUUAUUGACAAGCUGGAGAAGACGGCCAUUAGAGGCGGUGACAAGAAACUCAAACCAGAAUUCGACGUUAUGCGCAAAAUCAAGAGCUGGGUAAUGGAUGAAAAGGAACAUGUCCGCUACUAUCGCGAUUGGAACGACAAGGAGAUCGAAGUGUUGAACAAAUACUUGUUUUUGACAUCCAAACCAAUGAUUUACCUCGUUAACCUCUCUGAGAAAGACUACAUCAGGAAAAAGAACAAAUGGUUGGUGAAAAUCAAAGAGUGGGUGGACAGUCAUGACCCCGGAGCCUUGGUCAUCCCCUUCAGCGGCAGCCUGGAGAGCCGGCUACAGGACAUGAGUGAAGAAGAGAGGCAGAAGCACUGCAAGGAGCACAAGACGCAGAGUUCCCUGAGCAGGAUCAUCAAGGCAGGCUACGCAGCCCUGUUGCUGGAGUACUUCUUCACUGCUGGACCUGAUGAGGUCCGUGCAUGGACCAUUCGGAAAGGAACUAAGGCUCCACAGGCUGCAGGGAAGAUCCACACAGACUUUGAGAAGGGCUUCAUUAUGGCAGAAGUAAUGAAAUUCCAGGAUUUUAAAGAGGAAGGCAGUGAGAACGCUGUCAAGGCAGCCGGGAAAUACAGACAACAGGGCCGAAACUAUGUUGUUGAAGAUGGAGACAUCAUCUUUUUCAAGUUUAACGCCCCAAAUGCACCAAAGAAAAAGUGA